AUGAGGCGGCCUGGUGCAGCACAUUCAGUCGCCUGGAAACUUCACAAACGAGGGAUUCAGCUGGGUUCCAGAGAACUGCAACGAGGAGAGUUGAAAGUGAAACUGGCGCAAGAGUAUUCCACAACUGCUCUUGGUUGCCUAUUCAACGCGGUUAUUGUAACACGAUGGUGGAAGCCACCACUGAACACGCCACUUACAAUCUACGGAGAGGUACCGGAAGUUGUGGAAGUUGUUUGUUAUCUUGGAAGUUGUAUUAGUUCUGAUUGUAGUGUGACAGAUGAGGUGAAUGCACGAAUCUGCAAGGCUCAGUCCGCGUUUGCUAACUUGAGACACCUAUGGCGUCAGAAUGGUUUAUCCCUGAAUCUGAAGGGACGUGAUGGGGACCGCGUAAUCCUCCCUGUGUCUGUUUGGAGACACUACAGGACAUGGCUGCCAACCGAUGUCACUGGCGUUCUUGCUGUCAGUUUCUAUCCAGAUUGUCUGAAUGAGUGUUUGGAAGUGCUUUCAAAUAAAUCAUGGUUGUACGGCAGUGAAGCAUUGGUGUUAAACACUGAUGUCAUGCUGUCGAUGAUGAUGAUGAUUAUGAUGAUUUCCCCCACAAAGUCUGAGGCCUGA